AGUUAUGACUCUGUUUUUCUGAUCUAUUAUUAUUAGACAAAUCUUACUCUCUGCUUCUUUUUUCGUUUCUGAUUUACAUAAAAUUCUUACUUCUUCUGGUUUGUUCGAUCUGUUUGUUUUCUCUUCGAUCAGCGCUGAUUUAUCAUGGUUCUGUUUUAUGGGUCUGUUUCUGAUUUUGGAAUUUCCUGAGAAAGUUGGUAAAUUCCUCGAUUCCGGUGGGUUCUUGUGUCUUAACAUUGAUGUAAUAAUGGGAGCAGCUGAAGCAAGAGCCGUGUGGCAAAGAACAGCAACUCGGUGCUUUGUUAUUCAUGAAGAUGCUAAAAUGGCUCCGAGGUUAGCUUGUUGCCAUCAAAAACAUUCUUCUUCGGGCAACACCGAAAAAAGCAGCUUUUCUUCAGGAAGUUUUGGAGAUUCCUCUGAUUUCUCUUGUGAUACCAAAUGGUGGCUUAAAGGAACAACUGGAUUUGAUGAGGAGAUUACAAACUCUUUCUUUGAAGAUACCAAAUGCAAGAAAUUGCAAGAAUUCGUCGACUUGAUUGGGAUGAGAGAAGAAGAACAAGACUAUAGCUUUAUUAGCAAGAAAGAUGUAGCUACAACGCCAUGGUGGAGAACCACUACUGAUAAAGAUGAAUUAGCUCUCUUGGUGGCGGCUAGAUCGGUUGAUCAUAAUAUUCAAAACUGUGAUCUUCCUCCUCCCCAGAAACUACACAAGAGGAUUCACUGCACCAGUGGCGAGAAAGGGUUUAAAACAGCGGUUAAAUCGCCAUGGAAACAAGGUGAUUGGAACGAUCGGUUUGAGAGAUCUUUGAGUUACAGCAUCAGUAGCACUGAGAGCAAGAACACGAGUCCAAAUACUUCUCCUAGGAGAAAUGAUUUAAGCAAAGCGCAGCUUCUAGAAGCACUAAGGCAUUCUCAAACCAGAGCAAGAGAAGCAGAGAAAGCGGCCAGAGAAGCUUGCGCUGAGAAAGACCGUGUGAUAACAAUCUUGUUGACACAAGCGAGUCAGAUGUUAGCUUAUAAGCAAUGGUUAAAGCUUCUUGAAAUGGAAGCUUUCUAUCUGCAGAUGAAGAAGAAGGAUGCUGAAGAAGAACAAGAACAAGAACAAGAACAAGAGCAGAUCAAAGGAAUGAAUCUGAAGAAGAGGAAGCAGAGAGGGAAGAAGAAGAAAGUGGGUGAGAUUGGGAGAUAUAUAAUGGCUUUUGCAUUAGGGUUUAGUCUCAUUGGUGCUGGUCUGCUCUUAGGUUGGACUGUUGGCUGGUUGUUUCCCUUCUAGAAUCUUGAAAAUGUCUUUUGUUUGAUCACUGAUCCUUACAAGAAUUUUAGUGUUUAUAACUUUUCACUUUGCCUCUAGAAAUGUGUGUAUGUAUGUUGUCUUCGUGUAUGUAUGUGUAAUAUUUCCUCUAGAGAAGUUUAUUUUGGUUUA